ACGCUGGUCACAUUUGUAGCCGGGAUUCAGCAUUCAAUUCAGCUGUCAGUAAAGUGCAAGUUUUAGCUUCGGUGUUCGUUGUAGUGUCGUACAAGUUUAUUAAAAAAGUUUCGGUUCCGUUUUGUUAGUAGCCUUAUCGUUAUCAAUGACUACAAGUAUGGUGUAAUGCACGCGAUAUUAAAUUAUUAUAUAUUCGAUACAGGGCGAUGAAUUGCGCGGAUACGUGAAAAACACCCGUUAAUCUAAUUAAUUAAUUCUUCGAUCGCGAUCGUAUAAUUUCGUAUAGUAAUUUUAAUUCCUCGUACGUAAAGUAAAAAUUAAUUUAUACUAAUUCGAUACCUAGUUAGUAUAGUAUAUAGUCAACAUGUCUACGAUGCAAGUGGCUAAAAGACAACAUUGUUAUCUGUGUGAUUUGCCUCGUAUGCCUUGGGCAAUGAUACACGAUUUUUCGGAACCGGUGUGCCGCGGAUGUGUCAAUUACGAAGGAGCCGAUCGUAUCGAAAUCGUACUAGAUACGGCCAGACAGAUGAAACGAGCCCACGGAUUCCAAGAGAGUCGUAGCGCCUCGGUGAAUUCGUCGAAUAACGGUACGUCGGCUGCGGCGCAUCAUCACACCUCUGUCUCGAAAUCAUCGGCGAUGCAUCGGUCCUCCGUCUCUCACGACAGUUCGCAUCAAAACGGCGUGACUUUCAUAAAAAACGAAAGCUUGGAAGUCGUAGGACUUCCGCCGACUGCCCACGUGUCCAACAGGCAAAGCCAGCAGCCAGGACCACCGCCGCCGGGCUCCACCAUGCACGCUAGCUACGCCACUCUGCAUCAUUCCCGUACUAAUCAGCUAUUGAGCGAUUAUUCCGCAGCAACGCAACAACAGCAGCAACAACAACAACAACCUCAAACUAGAACGUCUCAGAAUCAAUUAUCGCGUAAUUUACAAGCUCAGUCGGAAACCGAACACGAGAUGAUUUCCGGUAUACAAAGAGCAUCGGUAAGAUUACCGAGUAACGCGCAUUUAACCGCUGCCUCCGUAGUUCCUCAUCACGUACCUCAGAAUCAUAAUGUUCGUACGACGCCCCAGACGCAGCAAUCACUCGGCCUCAAACGUAGCUUAGCUGCACCGAUCGAAGAAGAAGAUAAUCAUCAUCCUCAACAUCAUUCGCACAAUAACGGAGAUGCACCGGCUACCAAAAGGAUGCUGGCAGUCGAAGAGUCGCAAAAUCAGGCUCAACAUUCCAAUACCAAUAAUACCUCUAGACCUCCGUUGAAUCGUGGAGAUUCGUUGCCCGCUGUCAGCAUCGCUGUACCGUUUACACCUGAAAGGCCUCCUUUCAAAACCGAAGCUAAACAUCCUCUACGUACGUCGUCGUUCGAUACUGCGGCUACGUUUAAAAAUAAUGGUUAUCCCGGUCAACCACUCGCGAAUGGUACGGGUUCAAGCUCUCCUCUCGGCGGCGCAAGAACCAGUUCGCCUCAAGAAACUACGCAGCAAAUUCCUCAAGGAGGCAGUAGUCAGAGUCCAAUGGCUGCUUUGAUAUCUGUCGCCGAUAAUAUACCGCCCGGCUCGCCCAGGAGUACCGGUGGAAGCCCUCCCAGCUCUGCAAUACCUCGUUCGGCAUCUCGAGGCUCUCUGCACUCUCCUAAUUCUUCAGGUUCUUCCAGCGGCCGAAGGUCAUCCGGAAGCAGACACGUUAGUUCAACGACGGUCAGCUCCAGCGAAGGUGUAGCAAACGGCGUUCCAGACCCCAGUAUAGGCAACGGUUCUGGUCCGGAGUCGAACAGUAAUCAAACUCCGCCCGCCGCCGCCGCUCCGGCUACCGCUACCACUCUCAAAUGUACCCUUUGCCAAGAACGACUCGAAGACACACAUUUCGUUCAGUGUCCUUCUGUACCUCUUCAUAAGUUCUGUUUCCCAUGCUCGAGAGAAAGUAUCAAACGUCAAGGAGCGGGUUCGGAGGUUUAUUGUCCGAGCGGCGAAAAAUGCCCUCUGGCUAAUAGCAACGUACCGUGGGCGUUCAUGCAAGGAGAAAUCGCCACUAUACUAGGAGAAGAUUUCAAUAAAGUUAAAAAGGAACGAGAUACAUAAUGGAUGGCGAACAUUAACCAAUGAGACACGUCUUCCUGUCGUCAAGGUUUUUUCAACGUGCUGCAGACGUUACAUUCUGCACACUUAUUCGCGCCAGCCGCCAGACAGGUGGUGGUCUGCGAGGCGUAUUCGGUAUUUGCGAUAAAUCCUUGCGCGAAUUAUAAUUUUUUUAAAACUCUUAUUACCUCUCAAGAGCAAGAGUCGUCGCACGGAUCGCAGACCGCAGAGCAACUCGUCUCCAAUGUUACGUAUGGUGCUGGAAUAGCGCUAAUCUAUAAGUACGGAGGCGAACAGAUCGAAGUCUUUAUAGCUAAGAGAUCUUUCGUAUACAAGUUGCAUUUCGUUUGUGUUUUCUAUCGUAUUAGGUACAUUUCGAUAUAAUCGAUCGAUAUUUUAUUAUUUGUCUAUCUCAGCGAUGUGUGUAAAUACCUGUACAUUUUUACCAGCUUUUGUCGGCCUUCUUUCCCCUCUUCCCUCCCUCGUUUGUCCAGUUGUUGAAAAGUAGUUGUGUAAAUUUAAUUCGAUAUUUUUAUUUUCUCCUCUGUUUUUAUUUCUCUCUGUCUCUGUCUCUCCUUCUUCUGUAUUUAUGUACCUUUUUUUUGUUUCAAAUCGGCGUUUUAAAAUCAAAAAUGUAUUUUUAAUUACUCUCAAUCAUGGUAUUUUUACGAUAAUCGACGCUUGAUAUUUUUAAUUCUAUUCUUCCUUCCCAAUCCCAUCUUUUGUUUCGCUCUUUCUCUGUCUUUGUAUAGUGUGUAUUUAAUACGCGUAUAUUCAUACGAUUAUUAUGUUGUUACCAAAAUAUGAUAUCAAAAAAUGAUCAGUAUUGGUAUAACAAUAAGCACGGUCCCAUGUUUUAUUAGUUACAAUUUUUUUUUUUUUUUUUGGAUGAAAAAGUUAAUGUAGUUAUUAGGGUACAUCUUAUUUUGCAAAAUUGAAAUUUUCCACCUCCCACCCCCUUUCCUCGCAAAGUUGUUAGCUCGAGUAAAAAAAUGAUUCUCGAUUUUUUAUUUUUCCCCUAUCUGCCAAAAAAAGUGGUGUUGGUAGCCCCCUUAAGUUGAAAAAAAAAUGUAAAAAACAUUCAAUUUAUGAAAAUUCUUUGUUUCUGCGUCAGAAUUUUUCUAAAUAAUCCUCUUUCCAUAAAAAAAAACUUUCCUCGGCCCUUCAAACCAUAUUGGCCUCCUAGAAAAGAGCCCCUCAAAGUUAAAAAAAUUAAAAUAAAUCAAAAUCAGGGGAAAUUCUUUGAAAAUGAAAAUAUCUCAUUUCCACUUUAGAAUUGUUCUAUACAGCCCUUUUUUCAAGAAAAAACCUUUGUUGGACCCCCAAAGGAUGUUGGCUUUCUUGUAUGAAGCCUCCCCCCCGCCCCCCCAAUUUGGGAAAAAUAAUGUCUGUAGAAAUUUUUUGAAAAUUUUUCGUUUAUGGGCAGAAUUUUUCUAAAUGAGCAUUUUUUCAAGAAACCCCCUCCUCCGGUCUCCCAAAUGAUGUUGGCUUUCUUGUAUGAAGCCCCCCUCCCCAAAUUUGAAAAAAGUAAUGUCUGUAGACAUUUUUUGAAAAUUUUUCUUUUAUGGUCAGCAUUUUUCUAAAUAAGCAUUUUUUCAAGAAACCCCCUCCUCCGGUCUUCCAAAUGAUGUUGGUUCCCUCUAAAGCCCCUCAAAGUAGAAAAAAUCAAUUUUAAAAAAAUGAGAAACUAAUAUCUAUAGAAAUUUUUCGAAAAUGUUUCAUUUUUGGGCGGAGUACUUUUAGACUUCACAUUUUCAAGAAAAAACCCCCUUCAGCCCUUCAAAUGAUGUUGAUCUCCUUCUAGUAUGAAUUCCCCAAAGAUGAAAAAUAUCGAAAAAGAUUGAAAAUUGAUGUCUGUAAGUACAGAUUAUAUGACACUUUUUUUCAUCUCUGCGCAGAAUACUUCUGGAUAAUUCUUUUCACCAGAAACCCCUUUCCUCAGUCCCCCUCCCCAACAAUGUUGGUCAUCUAAAUAGGGACUUCCAAAGUUGAAAAAAAAUCCUUGUUUUUUCAUUCUCUGAGGAAGGGAACAAGUUCUACUUUCAUCAUGCAGAGAGGUCAAAAGUAUUUAACCCUAUUUCUAAUAAAAGUGGACCAAAUUUAAGUAUUAGAAAUUUAAAAAAGUAAAAAUCUCAAUUUUUUCGGAUUUUUUAUAUAUUUUGAAGGAGGGAGGGGGCUUCGCAGCUCUCUCUAAUUCGCUGGUUAGACUGAUGUGUUGGAACUUGAAAGUUGACAAAUUUAAAGAUGCUGUCUGAUACCUCGAUUUUUUCAUAUUUUGUAAAAUUGGGGAGGGGCACCAGCACCACUUAUUUUUCAGCGAAUGAGCUGAAAAUUUCUCGGCAUGAUUUUCUUACUCGGGGUAACAACUUUAGGGAAAGCACACCUUCGUGGUUAUUGCAAUUUGCUGUUUGAACCUUUCGUUUUAUUCAACGAAAAUUGAAGGAUUUAAUUUAUUUUAUUAUUUACCCAUUAUCGAUGAUUUGGCAACGUUGUGUACAAUAUUUGAAAAAAUUCCAUCUUUCAAUUCUUUUUCGUUUUAAUUAAAAUGUUGCUGAAAUUAAUCUGCGAUUCUCGGAAUUUUUCAUGAUUGUUCCUGAUUAUUUAUCUAUAGUCUUUAGAUCGAAUGCAAAUGAAUUAAUUCGUAAAAAAAAUUCUGAGCGUCAGGAGCGUUUUUUCUGCAGUAUUGCCAACCAAAUUUCAAAAGAAAUGGUAGAUUUUUGUUGAAAACGAUUUUGAGAGGGUACAUGAUUUUUUUUAAAGAAAUAAUGGGCUAUUUCUAAGUGCAGAUUUUGAAUUCGUGCUCGAUAAUUUUGACCAAAUUUAAUUUCUGAAGAAUGUUUAAAAAUUGUAAGUUUUUGUAGUUUGAACCCUUGUGAAAAAAAUAAAUUUUUUGAGUCAAAAUGAUGCAACUGCCUCAAGACAACGUUAGAAAUUUGACCUGAAAAAUCUGAAAAAAUGAAAUACAACGUUGCCAAAUUAUUAAAUGAAUAAAGUUGGGAAAUUUUUUACGGUCGUAUCUCUAUAUAAAUCGAAACAAUCAAUCACAUAAUUAAUACCAUGAAACGAAGCAAUCAUACGCGAGUAAUGAUCGUAUUUAUAACGCGAGCUUCGUUCGAAUUAAGUUACUAUUUAAAAUGUUCGAAUAGAUAGAUUCGAAAUGCCACAAUGCUUCGUGUAAGUUGUCAGUUUUCAUCGAAAAUUCAACGAGUAAUAUCCGAUUGAAAAAUGUAAUUUUAAUUUUAUAUACUUUAUUCUGGGCAUUGUUACCAUAUUUUUAAUAAUUCCUCCCGUUGAUAGAGAAACGGUAGCGUUGGUAUUUCAACAUUAAUAUCAUCGCGUUCAUACUUUUUCUAUUUUUUUUCCUCCUCGUAAAAAAGUUUGAUAGUUCGAAAAUCAUUCGGUCGAACGAAUUUUAUAUUUUUAUUGUGUAUUGGUAACUCUGCCCUGGCGGAUAUUUUAAUAUAAUAUAGGUAAGGUACUCGACGAUGAUAUUUUUCUUGUACUUAAUCAUUACAAUUGAGAAUAAUCGCGAACCUCGAUAUUAUCAUCUUUAUUGUACGAACGAAGAUCGUCGACAAUAUUUUACGCUCUAGUCGAAAAAGGCGACCGAAAAUUGGUGAAUUUUUUUUACCUAUUUCGCCGCAAUGGCGUUUUUUUCUCUUUUGAUCGGUCAUCAUUUAUAGACGUGUAGUAGGUAUCGAAAAGCAUAAUUAUUAAACCUUGUACCUUUAGGACCAAAUUACGAUACAAGUAUUUUAUACCAGGUAAUUUUUAAAAUGGCGGAAUUUUUACCUUUUUACGUAGCGCUAAGUAAAUUUUUGUUUUGUUUUUGGAUGGAAAAAAGUACAUUUGUACGUAAUACGUAUUAUAAUACAUAAUUUAGAUCGCGGCGCAUAUUCGCUAUAAAUGGGCUGUACUAGUUAGUGUAAACAUUAAACGGUAUUUUCCAAGUACAAAAAUUAUUAAGUUAUACUAUAAAUAUUUGCAUUUAUCAUUUUAUUAAUGUACUGUGAUAAUGUUGAUACAAAUGCCAUACGCAAUGUAGUUUCUGGAUAUACUGAUAUUAAUAUCUAUUUUUGGCCUUUUUUUCCUAUUAUUAUUGUAAGCCAACUUGUAGAAUUUUUUCGUUUUCAAAUUUGUAGAACGCGAGUGUAAAUUAGGAAUUUUUAAAUAUUAAUGUUUUUUUUUUUUUACUACGCGCAUUAUUUUAAACUAAUGUUUUCAUGCUUUUAAGUAAUUGUUUUUUCCUCCUUCUUGAUUAUAAAAAUAAUGAAAAACUAAAAUAACGAGAUCUCCUUUUUAUUUUUAUUUAUUGUUUAUACGGUAAAUCAAAAACAAUAAAGGUUCAUAUCUAU